GAAUUUACAAAUUGCAGUAAUCAUAGUCCUAGCCAUGGUGAAAAUACAGAUACUUGUUUCAAUCUUCAAAAUCAAAGAAAUAUGGAAAAUUUAUGUUCUGAAUAUGGGAAAUGUUUUACCAGAAAAGCAAAUGUUUUAAGACAUCAGAAAAUUCGAACAGGAGAGAAAGCAUUUUCUUGUUCUGAAUGUGAGACGUGGUUUACUGUGAAAUCAAAUUUUAUUAGACAUCAGAAAAUUCAUACAGGAGAGGAAGCAUUUUCAUGUUCUGAAUGUGGGAAAUGUUUUAAUGAAAAAUCCCAUCUUAUUACACAUCAGAAAAUUCAUACAGGAGAGAAAGCAUUUUCAUGUUCUGAAUGUGGAAAAUGUUUUACUAAAAAAUCCCAUCUUAUUACACAUCAGAAAAUUCAUACGGGAGAGAAAGCAUUUUCAUGUUCUGAAUGUGGGAAAUGUUUUCGUCAGAAAUCACAUCUUCUUGGACAUCAGAAAAUUCAUACAGGCGAGAAAGCAUUUUCAUGUUCUGAAUGUGGGAAAUGUUUUACUGAAAAAUCAACUCUUAUUACACAUCAGAGAAUUCAUACAGGAGAGAAAGCAUUUCCAUGUUUUGAAUGUGGGAAAUGUUUUACUACAAAAUCAGAUCUUAUUAGACAUCAGAAAUUUCAUACAGGAGAGAAAGCAUUUUCAUGUUCUGAAUGUGGGAAAUGUUUUACUUCAAAAUCAGAUCUUAUUAGACAUCAGAAAAUUCAUACAGGAGAGAAAGCAUUUUCAUGUUCUGAAUGUGGGAAAUGUUUUAUUAAAAAAUCAGAUCUUAUUAGACAUCAGAAAAUUCAUACAGGAGAGAAAGCAUUUUCAUGUUCUGAAUGUGGGAAAUGUUUUACUGAAAAAUCAAAACUUAUUAGACAUCAGAAAACUCAUACAGGAGAGAAACCAUUUUCAUGUUUGCAAUGUGGGAAAUGUUUUAGGCAGAAAUCACAUCUUCUUGGACAUCAGAAAAUUCAUACAGGAGAGAAACCAUUUUCAUGUUUGCAAUGUGGGAAAUGUUUUAGGCAGAAAUCCCAUCUUCUUGGACAUCAGAAAAUUCAUACAUGAGAGAAAGCAUUUGCAUGUGUUGAAUGUGGGGUACGUUUUACUCUAAAAUCACAUUUUACUACACAUCAGACAAAGCAUUUUCAUGUUCUGAAUGUGAGAAGUGUUUUACUGACAAAUCAACUCUUAUUAAACAUCAGAGAAUUCA